UGCUUCAUCUGGAGCAGGCACUGGGCUGGAAUGGGGCCGCCCGGCUCCCCAUGGCAGUGGGUGCUGCUGUUGCUGCUGCUGCUGCUGUUCCCCCCUGCUGCCCCCUUCUGGCUCCUCAAUGUGCUGUUCCCCCCGCACACCACGCCCAAGGCUGAGCUCAGUAACCACACACGGCCCGUCAUCCUCGUGCCUGGCUGCCUGGGGAAUCAGCUAGAAGCCAAGCUGGAUAAACCGGAUGUGGUGAACUGGAUGUGCUACCGCAAGACAGAGGACUUCUUUACCAUCUGGCUGGAUCUCAAUAUGUUUCUGCCCUUUGGGGUGGACUGCUGGAUUGAUAACACCAGGGUUGUCUACAACCGUAGCUCUGGACGUGUGUCCAAUGCCCCUGGUGUAGAGAUCCGUGUUCCUGGCUUUGGCAAGACCUACUCUGUUGAGUACUUGGACAGCAACAAACUAGCAGGUUACAUGCACACCCUGGUACAGAAUCUGGUGAACAAUGGAUAUGUGCGAGAUGAGACAGUGCGGGCUGCUCCCUAUGACUGGCGCUUAGAGCCCGGCCAGCAGGAGGAGUACUACCAGAAGCUGGCCAGGCUGGUGGAAGAGAUGCAUGCUGCUUAUGGGAAGCCCGUCUUCCUCAUUGGGCACAGCCUUGGCUGCCUGCACUUGCUCUAUUUUUUGCUGCGUCAGCCCCAGUCAUGGAAAGACCACUUCAUUGAUGGUUUCAUCUCGCUUGGGGCUCCGUGGGGUGGCUCUACCAAGCCAAUGCUGGUCUUGGCCACAGGUAACAACCAGGGCAUCCCGCUCAUGUCCAGCAUCAAGCUAAGAGAGGAGCAGCGCAUAACAACGACUUCCCCCUGGAUGUUUCCUUCCUACCGGGUGUGGCCUGAGGGCCACGUGUUCAUUUCCACACCAAGCUUCAACUAUACAGGCCGUGACUUCCAGCGCUUCUUUGGAGACCUGCAUUUUGAGGAUGGCUGGUACAUGUGGCUACAGUCACGUGACCUGCUGGCAGGCCUCCCAGCACCUGGCGUGGAAGUAUACUGUCUUUAUGGUGUGGGCCUGUCCACCCCCAGCACCUAUAUCUAUGAUCAUGGCUUCCCCUACUCGGACCCUGUAAAUGUGCUCUAUGAAGAUGGUGAUGACACAGUGGCCACUCGCAGCACUGAGCUCUGUGGCCUCUGGCAGGGCCGUCAACCCCAGCCUGUACAUUUGCUGCCCCUGAAUGGGACACAGCAUCUCAAUAUGGUGUUCAGCAACCAGACACUGGAGCACAUCAAUACCAUCCUACUGGGUGCUUAUCGCCAUAACACCCCUGCAUAUCCGACUGCCAGCCCAGGGCUCCUGCCCCCUGAAUAAAAGAUCUUUGCUGCUAUAA